AUGGUUCUUCAUCAGUUCGAUUACCUCCUUGCCAUCGGCACCAUCUUUGCUGCCCUUGAUGCUUGGAACAUUGGAGCCAACGAUGUCGCCAACUCAUGGGCCACGUCGGUCGCCUCCCGCUCCGUCACCUACCUCCAGGCCAUGAUCAUCGGUUCCAUCAUGGAAUUCGCCGGUUCCGUCGGCGUGGGCGCCCGUGUGGCCGACACCAUCCGCACCAAAGUCGUCGACACCACUUUAUUCGGCGACGACCCGGCCCUGCUAAUGCUCGGCAUGGUCUGCGCCGUCGUCGCCUCCUCUCUGUAUCUAACCAUGGCCACCCGCAUCGGCCUGCCCGUCUCCACGACCCAUUCCAUCAUGGGCGGCGUCAUCGGCAUGGGUGUAGCGGCUGUUGGUGCCGACGGCGUCCAAUGGGUGGGCAAAGGCAUCAAUGACGGCGUGGUCUCGGUCUUCCUUGCCUGGGUCAUCGCCCCCGGCCUCUCCGGCGCCUUCGCCUCCAUCAUCUUCCUCGUCACCAAGUACAGCGCGCUCACCCGUUCAAAUCCCGUCUACAAGGCCUUCGUAAUGGUGCCCAUCUACUUCGGCAUCACCGCCUCGCUGCUCUGCAUGCUUUUGUUGUGGAAGGGCGGCAGCUACAAGGUGACAUUGUCCGGCCCCGAGAUCGCCGGCACCAUUGUCGGCGUUGGCGCCGCCUUCGGUCUCGUGGUUAUCAUCUUCCUGAUGCCCUGGCUCUAUCGUGUCGUCAUGCUCGAGGAUUGGCAGCUUCGCUUCUGGCACAUCCCUCUCGGCCCCCUCCUUCUCCGUCGCGGAGAGGUCCCACCCCCGCCUGCCGACGGCUCCGGUGUCGUCCAGGAUUUCUACGCCGGCCGCCUGACCAAAGAGCAACUUGCCGCUCGCCGUGCCGCUCAAACCGGUGACUCGGAAAUGGCCGCUGGCGCCGUCACCUCAUCCACCGCCGCUCCCACCACCGACGGCGAGAAGGUUCAGCCCGAGGGCGCCACCAUCACCAAGGACUCCUCCUCCUCUUCGCACGACCACAACGAGCCCGCCCAGCCGGCCGCUCCCCCAGUCAAAACCAUAGUCGGUCCCCGCCCCGCUGGUCCCUGGCACUCGGGCCCCGUUCUCUUCUGGUACGUCAAGUGGGCUUUGUUUCGCGGCGUCGACCAGGACGUCAUCUCCUCCCAGUCCGGAGGCAAAUCCGUUAUCUCGUCCGACGUCGAGGAGCUGCACGCGCACGCGGUCCACUACGACAACAAGACCGAGUACAUGUACUCCUUUCUGCAGAUCAUGACUGCUGCCGCGGCCAGUUUCACGCACGGCGCCAACGACAUCGCCAACGCCAUCGGUCCGUACGCGACCGUUUUCCAGAUCUGGAAGGACGGCGCGCUGCCGGCCAAGGGCAAGGCCGAUGUGCCCGUUUGGAUUUUGGUGUUUGGCGCUUCUUGUUUGAUCAUUGGCUUGUGGACGUAUGGGUAUAAUAUCAUGAGGAACUUGGGAAACCGCAUCACAUUGCAAAGUCCCAGCAGAGGUUUCUCGAUGGAGUUGGGCAGUGCGGUGACGGUCAUUUUGGCUACUAGGUUGAAGCUCCCUGUUUCGACUACCCAGUGCAUCACUGGCGCUACUGUCGGUGUUGGUCUUUGCUCGGGUACGUGGAGGACCAUCAACUGGCGCCUUGUGGCGUGGAUCUACAUGGGCUGGUUCAUCACUUUGCCUGUGACCGGCAUCAUUUCGGGAUGCUUGAUGGGUAUCAUCAUCAAUGCUCCUCGCUGGGGUUAUAGUGGUUAA